UUCGAGCUUCAGGGCCAGUCUACUCAACAUUUUUGUAUGGUGAUUGUGUUUUGGGUAGGUGAGGAGGUCUCUCCUGUAAGCCUGAUGUCCAAACCGUGGGUGUUUUAACAUUACAUUUGGAAUCUUUACCUGAACUCCAUCAUGUCGGUGACUGUUCAUGAGAAUCGGAAAUCCCGCACCAGCACGGGGUCCAUGAACAUUUCACUGUUCCACAAGCCUUCCCACCCUGACAGUGUCUUGACUCAUCUAAACACAAUGAGGAAACAGAGUAUGUUCACAGAUAUCACGCUGUGGGCUGGGGACCACUCCUUUCAGUGUCACAGAGCAGUAUUGGCAGCUUGCAGCCGUUACUUUGAAGCCAUGUUCAGUGGAGGGCUACGGGAAAGUAUGGACAGAGAAGUCAAUUUUAGAGACAGUAUACACCCAGAGGUCUUGGAGCUUUUGCUGGAUUAUGCGUAUUCAUCUCGAGUUAUAAUAAAUGAGGAGAACGCGGAGUCAUUGUUGGAGGCAGCAGACAUGUUGCAGUUUCACGACAUCCGGGAUGCUGCAGCAGAAUUUUUAGAAAAAAACCUCCAUUCUUCAAACUGUUUAGGGAUGAUGCUUUUAUCAGAUGCCCAUCAGUGUAAAAGACUGUACGAGCUCUCUUGGAGGAUGUGCUUACUACACUAUGAAACGAUACGUGAUUCUGAGGACUUCUAUAGUUUGACAAAAGAAAAGCUGCUGGAGCUUGUGCUUAGUGAUGAGCUGGAGAUAGAAGAUGAACAGGUUGUCUUUAACUCUGUAAUGAGAUGGGUUCGAAAUGACGUGGAUAAUCGUCGUCACCAUUUACCAGAGCUGCUUGGGGCUAUAAGGUUGGCUCUCCUCCCAUCUGAAUAUCUCCUGGAGGCUGUCGCAUGUGAAGAACUAGUAAUGGCUGACAAGAGGAGCAGAGUAAUUGUAGAAGAGGCAAUGCAAUGUAAAAAAAGAAUUCUUCAAAAUGACGGAGUUGUGACAAGUCCCUGUGCUCGACCACGCAAGGCAGGGCACACACUGCUUAUAUUGGGAGGCCAAACAUUUAUGUGUGACAAAAUAUAUCAGGUUGACCACAAAGCCAAGGAGAUCAUACCAAAGGCAGACCUUCCUAGUCCAAGAAAAGAAUUCAGUGCAUGUGCCAUUGGCUGUAAGGUAUAUGUAACUGGAGGAAGAGGGUCAGAAAACGGAGUGUCAAAAGAUGUCUGGAUCUAUGAUACAGUUCAUGAAGAAUGGUCGAAAGGGGCACCCAUGCUUAUAGCAAGAUUCGGGCAUGGUUCAGCUGAAUUGGAGAACAGCUUGUAUGUUGUUGGAGGUCACACAGCUAUUGCUUUUGUUUAUCCAGCCUCUCCAUCAGUUUCUUUAAAACAGGUUGAGCGUUAUGACCCCGUCAGUAACAAGUGGUCUAUGAUGGCUCCCUUAAGAGAUGGUGUCAGUAAUGCAGCAGUGGUCAGCGCCAAAUUAAAACUAUUUGUUUUUGGGGGAACCAGUAUACACAGAGAGAAAGCCUCUAAGGUGCAAUGCUAUGACCCGGUCGGGAACCGCUGGAAUAUUGCUGCUGAAUGUCCACAACCUUGGCGCUACACCGCAGCUGCAGUUCUGGGGAGUCAGAUUUUCAUCAUGGGCGGUGACACAGAAUUUACAGCUGCCUCUGCUUAUCGCUUUGACUGUGAAACCAAUCAGUGGAGUCGUGUGGGUGACAUGACAUCCAAAAGGAUGAGCUGCCAUGCUGUGGCCUCAGGAAAUAAGCUGUAUGUGGUUGGUGGUUACUUUGGGACACAAAGGUGUAAAACGUUGGAUUGUUAUGAUCCAACUUCUGACUGCUGGAACUCAAUCACCACUGUGCCUUAUUCACUAAUCCCCACCGCCUUUGUCAGCACAUGGAAACACCUACCUGCCUAAAUGGAAUAUAAGGUAAAUUCUGAAUGAGUGGGCCAAAGGAUUUGGGUUUUUAGGUGCUGUUUCACCCACUGCUUUUCUAUGGAGAUACAGUUGAGACAAACAAUAUUCGGGUAAUUGCUGGAAUCAUUUAAAUGGCAUGCAGAAAACUGCCCCCCGAUAUACCAGAACUUUUGUAUGCAGUUGUAUAUUUGAAGUGUUUUUAAUUAUCUUUUCUGGGGGUAACCAACCGUGAAAACUGCUGAAUGGCACUUUAUCAUCUAGGGAUGUCCCGAUCGCAUAUUUUUGCACCCGAGUCCGAGUCACCUGAUUUUGAGCAUCUGCUGAUACAUAGUCCCCAUCCGAUACCGAAAAAAGUUUUUUUAAUAAAGUUCCAAACAUGUUGCUGUUCCUCCAUGCCGCCUUCAUAAUAUGAAUUAUUUUUAAACAAGAAUAUCAAAAUGCUUGUCUUUAUUAAAUGCUUCAUUGAGUGAGUCCAAUCAGGGUUUGGCGUUCACACUGCAGAGACCAGCCUCUCAUUUACACAAUGAGUUGCUACAGCACACUUAUGCAAGUUUAACGAUGAUUGACAGCUUUGUGCCUGACAGCUUUGUGCCUUUGACCGUAGAGCUACCAAGCUUCUCUGGCAAGAUCAAAGCUACAAACCUAUCAGUCAUCGUUAACUUUAAGUACCAAACACAAGCUGGACAGUUUGGCCGCACUGCAUAGCAGAGGAUGAGAGGCUGUGGUGCUGUACGAGCAUGAAGCACAAAACCAUACUGUAAAUACAUAUGUUUUUUAAUUUAAAAAACAAUCCUUUUCACCUGAUUCCAAUCCUCUGAAAAAUGGCGCGAGCGGCCAAAUUUUUGAUCACAUGAUCGGAUCGGGGCAUCCCUAUUAUCAUCACUUGUUUAACAAUUUGGGAGGUUUAAGGUGGGGGAUAGGUGGGAGAGGGCAUUUUAUUUUUUCAAGUCAUUUUUAAUGGAGCACAAUUUUUUAAAAAAUCUUUUUUUGGUUAAGUGUAUUAGAAGCACACAAGGAGUUUGUCUCCACUAUGUAGAGCCACACUAGUAUUACAAACCAAAUGUACUAUCUUGACACUGAAAUAUGUUCAUAUACAGUGGUACCUCUCCUUAUGAAAUUGAUUUUUUCGGGAAGUUUUGUAACUUGAAAAUUAUGUAAGUAGAGCCGCGUUUUCCAUGUAAAUGCCCUAAUCCGUUCCAACCACCCCAAAAUUCAGACAUAAAUUUUGGGGGAAAAAAAUGAUUCAAAACAUGUAACAAAUACAUUUUACAAUUAGAUUAUUUCAUAAUAACAAUACAAUAAGAGUUGUGCACAAUGUAAAAAGAUAGGAAUAAAAGUUGAGAACAUGAGAGGCGAAUGAAGAGAACGCUGGGAUACACACAUACACAUACAGUAGAGGUCCCUCUUAGCCAAUUAGAUGCAAGGAAGAUAUGAGACAAUAGCCAAUGGCAGAGCGUCAGAGUAUGUUAUGUUCAGUAACAUCUGAGAGAAGCAGCCCAUGCUAUAUUUUUGCCAUUCAUAUCCUGAAAUUGCUUUCUUAUCAAGAGGCUAUAUUUUCCCUUUAAAGCAUGUCUUAACCUGAAAAUUCCUUAUGUUGAGAUGUUCUUAAGUAGAGUUACCACUGUAUUACUAAGAAAAGUUGAAUUUGUUCAUUUUACAUGUCCUUAGUUGAUCUGAUUUCAAACAAAAUUUAGAAAUAAAUGUCAAACUUGCUAAAACACUUUACUGCAGUGGAGGUUGAAUUUUGACACAACUGUUUCUAUUGUUACAAGAGGUAGAGUAACAGUUCACGUACUGUCUUUCAUAAUCAGGUUUUAGGCCUUAACAAGGCUAAGUUUGCCAUGAAUAUGCGUUCAAAAAGCGGAAUAUUAGCUUAUUCCAGGAUGCUGCAUAGAGUUGCAUUGUGGUACGUGAUGUUUUAUUCUUUUUGUGGGAAGGUAAACAACAAUACAGUACAGACACACACAUGCACACAUGUAUAUUUUUUCAAAAUUGCAUACCUGAGCAUGUUUACUAAAUGAGCGAGUCUCUCAAAUGUAAAAUUCUCAAUAUCUAGCACGUUUUGGCCCGUCUAACACACCUACGGUUGCAAACUGCCAUCGAUAAUGCUGUAGAAACAUGCUACCAAGUAGGGCUGGUGUUAUGGACUAUAUAUCAAUAUUUAGGCUAAAUAUCAAUAUAAGAUGCAUAUCUUGAUACUUGCAGCAAAUGUGUAGUCAGAACCAAAUAUGUAGUCCACAAGUCAUGAAACUAAACCACCUCUUUCAGUCAAGAAGGUGAAUCUAAUACUUUUAGAUGGAAAAAAUCCUCAAUUGUUCAAAUAAUUUAAUGUAAACAUCAAAUGUGUAUAACAACAGAUUUUUUUUUUGUGAGACUUCCACUACACUAAUUCUUUUGUGGCAGUAAAAAGUAGCGACAUUUUGCAGACAAGUGAGCCUUUUUUUUUUACCAAAUAUAAAACCGAUAUAACUAACAUACCAAGUUAAUGUCUAAGUGAAUUCCUGUUCAAAUGUCAUAUUUUGAAAGGAAGUUUAUGUCAAAAUUUUAGUCCACACUGGCCGUAAGUCUUGUACUUCCUCAUACACAGCGCGAGUCAACCUUCUAUAAAUCAGUCUAUAAAUUGGGUGCUAACCAGUCCCAAAACCUGGUCUAAAACCUCAGUUUGCCUAGUUUAGUGACUGUACCAAAAUAGGAGUGGCACCAUGCAUCCACAGUAUUUAAACCAUUCGGAAUAGGGUUUUUUUUCUGUUUGUUUGGGUUAUUUUUAGGAAGGAAAAGAAACCUACUCUCCAAGAUAAAUUCUUUGGGUAACUCGUUUUACACAUAGUGUCACCAUUUUGAAUGUCUACAACUCUGUUGAUCUUUUCCGGGGCUUCCGUAAAGUUGUAUAGCAGUUGGCAGUCAGGUAACUCUUACAGUAUCACCAAAUUAAUCAAUGAGACUAAAUGAGAAUGCUGGGUAUGUCAUAUCAUAUUCACUGGACGAUUGCUAGAGCAUGAUUGGUCAACGGCCGUCUUGGAGGAGAAAUUUUUGAAAGGUCGGUGGGUGCUAGAUUCCUGACUAACAGCCAUUACCCAGGACCAUGAUGUGUUAAGAGGCUCACUCCUGCCCCACCGCCCAGAAAUAAGGUCACAGGGGGAAAGAGGUAGCCCCCGCCCCCCCCACACACACUCAGACGCGUCUAGUGCCUGCCCGAACCCUCGUAAGGGUUUAUUAAACCUACUUUUUGAAACAGACUCCAUUGCUGAAGGUUUGGGUUUUGUUUAGCAUGAAUUGUAAUAACUUAGUGGUAUAAAACGGAGUGUUGAAGUAGCAACCCUAUUGCUUGCAUUUACAUUUGUCUUGCACACACUUCUUUAAAAAUUCAUGCUGUGUAAGUGCUGCCUGUACUUUAAUCUGAAUAGCAUGUUCACUUUUAUGCCUUGUCCUCCACUCUAGUGUAUGCACUACUUAUUGUGUGUUGCUAACUAUAUAACAUAAUAGGGCUCAACAUAAUAGCAUUAAGUGGUACACUUAAAAGAUUUUUUCCUUUCAAAGUCAAAUAUUUUUUAUGGAGUACUGAACUAUACAAUGUGCAUUGAUUCCAUAAUAGACAUUACCAUUUGCAUAAAUGUCAGGCAUAGACUUCAUAACCUAUUGACAUGACACGGGAAACGGGGCCGAUUUGUAGGGGGCCUACUUUCAAAAACUUCAUACUCAAAUAUUUACAAAACCAAAGCUGCUACUGACCUAAAACCAAAAUAGGCACCUACCUUAGCCAUAUAUGAGUCUCCAUGAGCAGCGGCAUCAAAAAAUUCAAAGUCCUUCCCUUAUAAAAUCCCGAUUAAUUAUUUUCUAUAUAACACUUAAAAUGGCUAUAAAAGUCUCAGAUUUUACACUAGAUGCACAAAAAUCUCCAAAUGCAGAGAUAAUCAACUAUAUUUUCAGGAUCAAUAGCAAUAUUUAACAUAU